AAAUUAUUUCUAUCCUUAUAAGACGUAACAUUGUGAUUAAUUCGGCUCAUCAUUUCGGCUGAGAUAUAAAAUAUUGUUUAUUUUGAAAAUGUCAGAAUAUUCUGGUGUAAGAUUGGGCAAACUUAAAUUGAAAGGUGUUAAAAAACAUAAGAAGAAAAAUAAACGAGCCCGUGAAGAUGGUGAUGAUGACAUUCAAAGCAAUCCAUCAACAUCAUCGGCAGUCGAUUUUGAUGAUGCUGCAAAUCAUGGAGAUUGGUUUCGAGUUGAUCGUUUCGAACAAAUUACUGGAUCAAUUUGUAUUGAAUUCACUCCUUAUCAAUAUGCAAGAGCAUUAGAUAAUGGAAAUCUAAUUCUUGGAAGCCCUCAUACACCAGGCGAAGGACCAGAUCCGGAAGAAAUUUUCAUCGCUGUUCGAGUUUCACCAACACAGAUUGCUAUUAAAAGUGGAUAUAAUAAAUAUCUAGCCAUCGAUAAACAUAGAAAAGUUGUCGGACAUUCAGAUGCCAUAAGUAAUCGUGAACAUUUUGAUCCGGUAUUUCAAGAUGGCAAAUUAGCUCUUUCCGCUUCCAAUGGUUGUUUCAUAACAAUUGAUGAAACCGAAUCCGAAUUACCUUAUGUUGUAGCCCGAAGCACAAAAGCUGGUGACAAUGAAUUCAUCAAAAUCCGUACAAAUAUCAAUCCCGAAAUGACACGUUUGGAAAAAUUGAAACAAAGUAUACCGAAUGAAGAAAAAGGAUCACUUCGUGAUUGUGAAAUAAAUUAUGUAAAAAAAUUUCAAAGUUUUCAAGAUAAAAAAUUACGUUUAAAUGACAACAGUGUUCAAUCAUUGAAAGAAGCAAAAACCAAAGGACGUUUACAUGAAGAAUUACUGGAUAGACGAGCCAAAAUGAAAUCGGAUAAAUUUUGCAAAUAAUAAAUUGCUUGUCUAACCGUUUCCGUAAUGUAAUUAAUCAUUGAUCAUCAUCUGAAAUUUGAAUUAUGACAAUUUUUAACAACAAAAA